GUGCGUUCUUAUCGCGUCUUAAGUUGGCAUAGUUUGGGUGCUACGAUCAUCGGGUGCCCGCGUAUAUGUGGCCUCUCGUGCCUCUGGGGCGCGCUGCGUCAUCCGGUGCCGGUGCUGGCACACGACGAUAGCAGUCGUCAGUGGUGACGAAAGGGUUAAUAGUGUCACGUUCCUCCUCUUCUGUGCGCCUUUUUCAUCAACGUCGUCGUUGUCGUCGUCGUUGUGUGUUGAGUUUGGUUGGCAGCAAAAAAAGAAGUGUAGGUCCGUAGUUUUGUGGAAAAAAAACGGUGACUCUACUUAUCUGUAAUUGUUUCGGUUGGAGACAACGCAAUCGUGCGGAAUGAAAUUACCGCCCAGUGUAUUCCGCGAGGAUUUCAGUCGGUUUAGUGCGGUCAGAACGGGAGGCACCGGUUUGCGUGAAGCCUGAGGGGGCAGCAGUCGUCGCGGUGGACAAAGAUCAUCGGAUAGUAACUUAUCGGCAGGCUGACGCUGGCUGGUUCUUCUGAGUAUCCCUUGGAUCGUAGUAGACUGGCCCACAUUCAAUGACAUUUCCCGCGGGGAUUGACAUUUUCAAAGUGAUUAGAGAGCACCUCGACCGACCGGACAACCGGACCUAGUGGACGCGGUGGCAUUGCGAAAUCAAGCGCUCGAUAACGACCGGCUACACGUGGCCACCGCUUGUAGUGCGUUGUUGUUGAUGGUUUAAAGAAGAAAACUAUAACUAAGCUAACGAAAGCAUCUACUGUCGUGUUGGCUACGCUGGAUUGAAGGGAACCCGACGCUGGAGGACACCGAAAAUCCUAAAGCGCUACCAGUGAUUGCAGUGAGGACACCAAACGAUGACAAUGACUAUCGGGGGAAUGCGUCCGCUAAAGAUCACCACGGUCGGUGAUGGUAUGGUCGGGAAGACGUGCAUGCUCAUCACCUACACACAAAACGAAUUUCCGAGCGAGUAUGUGCCGACGGUAUUCGAUAACCAUGCCUGCAACAUAACCGUGGACAAUGGUGCGUACGCGCUCACACUCUGGGACACGGCCGGCCAGGAGGACUACGAACGAUUGCGGCCCCUCAGCUAUCCAAAUACCGACUGCUUUCUCAUCUGCUACUCGAUCUCGAACCGCACCUCGUUCGAUAACGUGCUAUCCAAAUGGUGCCCAGAAAUAAGACACUUUGCCCCGUCCGUCCCGAUAGUGCUAGUGGGCACCAAAAGUGAUCUGCGGGUAGUGGGCUCAGAGAAGUUUGUCACCACGGCCGAGGGCAAGAAGCUGAAGCACAAAAUCAAAGCGUACUCGCUGGUGGAAUGCUCGGCCAAACGGAAACAGAACCUGGCCGAAGUGUUCGAGGAAGCGGUGCGAGCGGUCGAGAAGAAACCCCACGCCGGUCCACGAUUAUGCACGUUGCUCUAGUGAUUCCCUUCCCUGAAGAUGAAAGAAUUCUCCGGCCAACGCCUGGAAAGGAUCGAACGCGAUCGAGCAUGAUUUCAUCGGGGGGUGCACGAAGAGCGUUUCUUUUAAUCCCUGUUCCUGAGGUUCUCUAACGAUAAAGAGCUAUUUUUUGAGUUUAUAUUUGACCAAUGAAGAAGAGACGAGAACUCGCCUAGAAAUGUGACUGGGGCUGGAAGGUGAAAGAAAUCGAUACGAGCAGACGAGACGGUCUGGUAUCGGCUGCAAAUCAUUCUGGACGAUGAUACGCGAGACUGUCUGCCAGGUUUUUAUUAUAUUUAAAUAAACUAGUCAUCGUAAGUAGUACAAGGAG